UCAAGUAGCGGAGAGCGGCGGAGCAGCGCGAGCCGUGGCCGGGACAAAGGCGUCAAUGGAGCUUCGCGAGUAACCGAAAGGACUUUUAAUCACUGCUGUUGGGCGUUGGGCAUCAUUGAAACAAUUUUUUCAUUGAAAAGAAUUACAAAGCGGCAGAGUAGUUGCCGCUCCAGAGAGACUCCCGGCGCCGCUCGCCUCUCACAGCCGCCUCUUCUCUCAUCACCUGCGGAUCCCUCCAAGUCGAACCCCGCUGAACAGGAAACGGAGCUCCGCAGCGGAGAGAAAAGUUUGGGGAUGUUUUGCGGUGGAGUUAGUGUGCGGAUGUUUGGUUUACUCAACUGAGGAUUGACCUCUGGAUUUGCCACCGAAUCGGUCUCAUAACUCUCCUGGCCGCCCUCGUCCACUUAUGACAAGCCCGAGUGUAUGAUGGAGUCCCGGCCCACUUUGGUUCCUCUCCUGGUUUUAUUCGCCAUCAGAUCUUUGGCUCAUGGAUCUCGGCCCAGACUGGAGGACGCCCCCCCACGAAUCGUCGAACACCCAUCUGACCUGAUCGUGUCCAAGGGAGAACCAGCGACCCUCAACUGUAAAGCGGAGGGGCGACCCACUCCCAUGGUGGAAUGGUACAAGGAUGGCGAACGUGUUGAGACAGACAGAGAAGACCCACGCUCCCAUCGGAUGCUCUUACCCAGCGGCUCCCUCUUCUUCCUGAGAAUCGUCCAUGGGAGGCGGAGCAAACCGGACGAGGGCGUCUAUGUAUGCGUGGCUCGUAACUACCUGGGCGAGGCUGUGAGUCGGAACGCUUCGCUGGAAGUCGCAAUUCUGAGGGAUGACUUUCGUCAGACUCCCAGCGACGUGGUGGUGGCUGCCGGGGAGCCUGCCGUCAUGGAGUGCAUCCCUCCGAGAGGGCACCCGGAGCCCACCAUCUCUUGGAAGAGGAACAACAUCCGGGUCAACGAUAAAGACGAAAGGAUCACGAUGCGCGGAGGGAAGCUGAUGAUUUCUAACACCAGGAAGAGCGACGCUGGCAUGUAUGUGUGUGUCGGCACCAACAUGGUCGGAGAGAAAGACAGCGACCCUGCGGAGCUGGUGGUCUUUGAGCGGCCAGUGUUUACCAAGCAGCCGGUGAACCAGGUGGUGCUGGCGGAUGACACCGUGGACUUCUUCUGCGAGGUGCAUGGAGACCCCACUCCAACUGUCCGCUGGCGCAGAGAGGAAGGAGAGUUGCCUCGGGGCAGAUUUGAGAUUCGGAGCGACAACAGUCUGCGUCUGACCCAGGUGCGAGCGGAGGAUGAGGGCACGUACACAUGCGUGUCAGAAAACAGCGUGGGAAAAGCGGAGGCAGCGGGCACGCUGCAGGUCCACGUGGGCCCAUCCAUGCCCCCUCAGAUCGUGGUCCGGCCUCGGGACCAGAUCGCAGCGCCGGGUCGCACCAUCACCUUCCUGUGCAGCACCAAAGGAAACCCUCCUCCGGCCGUCUUCUGGCAGAAGGAAGGCAGUCAGACUUUGCUGUUCCCCAUCCAGGAGCCGACCCAGGCCAGCCGAUUCUCAGUCUCUCUCAGCGGCGAGUUGACCAUCGCCGACGUCCAAGUGGAGGACUCCGGCUUCUACAUCUGCCAGGCCAUCAAUGUGGCGGGAAGCAUCCUGACUAAAGCCCUGCUGGAGGUGGAGAGCGCAACCUCAGACCGCGUCCCCCCUAUUAUCCGCCAAGGACCGGCCAAUCACACGCUAGCCCCGGGUUCUACCGCCCAGCUUCACUGCCACAUCAUGGGCAACCCCACGCCGAGCAUCCAGUGGGAGAAAGACGGUCAGAGGAUCCUGGCGAACGACGGACGGAUCAGCCUCAUGGACAACGGCACCUUCCAGAUCACCAACCUCCAGGAAACCGACUCUGGUGUUUACACCUGCUUGGCUUCCAGCUCCAGCGGGGAGACGAGUUGGAGCGGAGUGCUAACAGUCAAAGAAAGUGCAGACCAGUCGAGCGCUCAGGCUACAGAACCUUUCCAGCUGCCGGGCCCGCCCCACAAGCCCAUAGUGACCGACGUGUCCAAGAACAGCGUCUCCCUCACCUGGCAGCCCAACGCCCACGAGGGAGGAGCCGCGGUCACCUCCUACAUCAUCGAGGCCUUCAGCCAAUCGGCAGGCAGCAAAUGGCAGACAGUGGCGGACAUGGUGAAGAUGGAGACUCACACCAUCACCGGCCUGCUGCCCAACACCAUCUACCUGUUCAUCGUGCGUGCCGUCAACGUGUACGGCCUGAGCGACCCGAGCCCCAUCUCUGAGCCGGUCCGGACGCAAGACGUGAAUCCGACCGGUCAAGGAGUGGACCAUCGGCAGGUCCAGAGGGAGCUCGGGGAGGUGGCCGUCCAACUUCAGGAGCCUGUGGUUCUAUCGUCGGUGUCCAUCCGUGUGUCCUGGACUGUGGACCGUCAGUCUCAGUACAUCCAGGGCUAUCGACUCUUCUACCGGCCCAGCGGCGGCUCCUGGAUCCUGCAGGACAUCAACACGCCGUCUGAGCGGAGCAGCACCCUCUCCAGGCUGCUCAAAGGAACCGAGUACGAGAUCAAGAUCCGGCCGUAUUUCGACGAAUUCCAGGGCAAAGACAGCAGAACGCUGCUCAUUCGAACUCCAGAAGAUGUCCCCAGUGCUCCACCCAGGUCUGUUACCGUGGCAACACUGAAGCUCGGCAAUAGUUCCAGCGUCAGCGUCUCCUGGGAGCCUCCACCUAGUGACAUGCAGAACGGAGUUAUCCAAGAGUACCGGGUGUGGUGUUUGGCCAAUGCCGGCGACAACCACUCUCGCUAUCACAUCAACAAGACAGUGGAGGGCGACACGCUGACCACAGUGCUGAAGGGCCUGAUGCCUGGUGUGCUGUACCAGCUGGAGGUGGCUGCAGUGACCGCAGCCGGGGUGGGCACCCGCAGCCAGCCUGUCUCCGUCCUCAUCAAGAUGCCAGCUGACCAGCCGUCCACAGCAAGCGGCGGCGCCACGGACGACGGCGAGGAAAGCAGCGUGAGUCUGGCCGAGCAGAUCACAGACGUGGUCAAGCAGCCGGCCUUCAUCGCGGGCAUCGGCGGCGCCUGCUGGGUCAUCCUCAUGGGCUUCAGCGUCUGGAUCUAUUGCCGCCGCAAGAAAAGGAAGGAGCUGAGUCACUACACGGCGUCCUUCGCCUACACACCCGCAGUUGGUUUCCCUCACGGAGAAGCAUCAGGACUAAACGGACGCCCCGGCGUGCUGGGUGGCAGCAUGGGCAACUACCCUUGGCUGGCCGACUCCUGGCCCACCACCAACCUGGUCCACAGCGGCAAAGAGGCCAUCAACUGCUGCUCAGCCAAUCACGACACAGCGGAGAGAUACUACAACGACGCUGGGAUUUCCAACUACCUGAAUCAGACGGAGAAGUACAGCCUCGGCGGCUCCACCGAGGGUCCCAUCUACAGCACCAUCGACGCCACCAGUGAAGACCUGCACGGCUUCACCUACGCUCAGCACGCCUCCACCACUCCCUACGCCUCCACCGCCAUCAUGCCCUUCAGCUCGCAGGCGCAGGCGCCGCCGGCCCACACCCCUGAGCAGCAGCUGGACGAGGGACACUGGAUCGUCCAGCCAGGAACCUCCGGGGCUCAGUACGCUCAACCGGACCGCUGCAAUGGGAAGCCGAAGCAGAAACCGAUGGGAAAAGCGGUCAAGACCCCGUCUUUGACGUGGAUGGAGGCGCUGCCCCCGCCUCCCCCGCUCUCAGAGCUGGAGCACUGUGACCAGGACCCGCUGCCUCAGGAGCACGAGGACAUGGACGUCGGCUCUGAUGAGGAGUGGUGCCCCCCCCUACCUGAGCGGACCUAUCUGAUGGAGGGCUGUGAGGACGGACCCUCAUCCCCCGCCACCUCCUACAGCCACCAGUCCACUGCCACGCUCACGCCUUCGCCCCACGAGGAGACGAGAGCCUCCCAUGACAGCCAGCAGCGCAGACGGUUCCCCUGCGGACCGGUGCCAGUCCCACAGGCGCCGAGCCCACCACUCACCCAGUCCAACUGCAGCCUCUCCAGCCAGCAGCACGGCCUGUCAGACGCUGCUACGCUGCCGUGCCAGAGCCCCGCCCAUCGCUGCCUGUCUCAGGGCGAAGACGCCACCACUCCAGUCCACAGUCGCCCUUUGCCCGCAGACUCUUGUUCACCAGGCAACCAAAAACUGAGGGUGAAGAAGAAAGUGUCGAAGACUUCUGCGUAUAGACGGGAAAUGCAAGGAGACCUGCCCCCGCCCCCGGAGCCCCCUCCUGAGGAAGAGCGGUUGCAGCGGGGCGCAGAGGUCAGCAGCAUGGGAGGCAGCGGCCCGUCUUCUCUGGACCGCAGCGAGCACCAGCGCAAAGGAUCCACACCGCGGACCGGCGACAUGGGUGAGGAGGCGCUUCUGUACGGGAGUAAACCGGCGUACCUCUCCAGGAGUCAGAUGUCCAGCAACUGCUCCACCACCGGAAGCUCCUCGUCCCGUGGCUCCACAGGCUCACGCGGUCUGGCCAGGAAGCACAGCGAGGACAUGAGAUAAGACCCUGGACGGCCCCUCGCUGUGGACGGCUGAAGGAGCCGAGGCGCAUCACUUGAGUUAUUCCUGUUAAAAAACAGACUGAAGCUGCGUUAUUUAUGAGCAACGCCCCCUUCUGGCCGGGCCUGGAUGUACAUACCUGUCUGUACUGCUCUACACACAUACAGGGAGAGAGACCUAUAUCGUAUUUAUGAGAAAAGGGGAAAACCGUAGGAAAAAAAAGUGUUGAUAUGAUAAAAAAAAAAAGAUCAAAAGCCGCUCAUGUCUUCUUGAAUGUGCCAACUUUGCUUGUCCAAAUGUACAGUCUACUUUUUUUUCGGAGAGGAAGUACUGUUGCACUCUUGUUGUCAUGGCCAAACAACAGAAACUGAAGCACAAAGUGUCGAGGAGUAAAGAGAAGCCAAAACGUGCAGGAAGGGAUUGAAGCCGCCGCCUGAGUCGCGGGGGUCCCUGCGCCCGCUGCAGCGGUCCGCUACGAAUGUUGAACUUUUCUAUGUUUUCCUUUGGUUACCGUGCAGCGAGGCGUCCGAGCGCGAGUAGAGCUGAGUGGACUUUGUGAACGUUUGAUUGUAAGACUCCUCGCUUGUUUGUCUGAGAGUGGAAUUUGCAUAUACUCCAUCAAAAACCAACAAAAAAAAUGUCUGUGGACUGACCUUUUGUACUCUUGUCGUUUUGUAAAUGUACAAUAAAUACAUUUUA